UUCCUCCACCCCUUCCCUUCCCCUCCCCUUCUCCCUCCUCCUCCUCCUCUUCUAGCUCAGGUUGCAGCUUCUCUGGGGAGCCGCUCACCUUUCCGGAGCUGGGGAAGCCGCCCCGAGCCCGGGCAGGGACCCCAGCAGGGCGCAGGGCACGACGCCCAGACCCGCCGCACCCCGGCCGUCGCGGGCUGGAGCUGGCGCGCCGCGGACCCCAGGACACGCGCGGACCCUGCGGCCUGCGACCUGCUGAUCUUGAGCAAAAUGAAGAGCUUCAAGCGCCGCUUCUCCCUGUCAGUGCCCCGCACCGAGACCAUCGAGGAGUCCUUGGUCGAGUUCACAGAGCAGUUCAACCAGCUCCACAGCCGGCACAAUGAGGGCCUGCAGCUCCGUCCUCUGGGCAGAGACCCGCAGCCAGAGUCCAGCACCUUCUCCCCCACAGACAGAGGGGAGGACCCCGGGCAGCUGUCCCCUGGCAUGCAGUACCGGCGGCAGAACCAGCGCCGCUUCUCCAUGGAGGACAUCAGUAAGAGGCUCUCUCUGCCCAUGGACAUCCGUCUGCCCCAGGAAUUCCUCCAGAAGCUGCAGCUGGAGAGCCCAGACCUGCCCAAACCGCUCACCCGAAUGUCCCGCCGUGCCUCCCUGUCAGAUAUCGGCUUUGGGAAACUGGAAACAUACGUGAAACUGGACAAACUGGGGGAGGGAACCUAUGCCACAGUCUUCAAAGGGCGCAGCAAACUGACAGAGAACCUCGUGGCCCUGAAGGAGAUCCGGCUGGAACAUGAAGAAGGCGCGCCCUGCACUGCCAUCCGAGAGGUGUCUUUACUGAGGAACCUGAAACAUGCCAAUAUUGUGACCCUGCAUGACCUCAUCCACACGGAGCGCUCCCUCACGCUGGUGUUUGAGUACCUGGACAGUGACCUGAAGCAGUAUCUGGACCACUGUGGAAACCUCAUGAGCAUGCACAACGUCAAGAUUUUCAUGUUCCAGCUGCUCCGGGGCCUUGCCUACUGCCACCGACGCAAGAUCCUGCACCGGGACCUGAAACCCCAGAACCUGCUCAUCAACGAGAGAGGGGAGCUGAAGCUGGCCGACUUCGGACUGGCCCGGGCCAAGUCAGUGCCCACAAAGACCUACUCCAAUGAGGUGGUGACCCUGUGGUACAGGCCCCCCGACGUGCUGCUGGGGUCCACGGAGUACUCCACCCCCAUCGAUAUGUGGGGCGUGGGCUGCAUCCAUUACGAGAUGGCCACAGGGAGGCCCCUCUUCCCCGGCUCCACGGUCAAGGAGGAGCUGCACCUCAUCUUCCGACUCCUCGGGACCCCCACGGAAGAGGCGUGGCCUGGUGUGAUGGCCCUGUCCGAGUUCCGAGCGUACAACUUCCCCCAGUACCUGCCCCAGCCUCUCAUCAGUCAUGCUCCCAGGUUGGACACUGAUGGCAUCAACCUCCUGACCGGCCUCCUCCUGUACGAAUCCAAGAGUCGCGUGUCAGCAGAGGCGGCCCUGAGGCACCCCUACUUCCGGUCUCUGGGGGAGCGUGUGCACCAGCUCGACGACAGAGAUCCAGCUCCAGAAGGACCCAGGCUACCGGGGCCUGGCCUUUCAGCAGCCAGGGCGAGGGAAGAGCCGGCGGCAGAGCAUCUUCUGAGCUGUGCCCACCCUGCUGUGGCCCAAGGGACGAGAGGUCACACUGAGCACAACUGCGGCAGGAUGGGGCCCGUGUGGCCUCGGAGGACUGAGGAGUCAGGGCUAACGGCCGGUCCAGAAGACCUCUAGGCAGCCCUGCUGGCCACGGCUGUUUCCUCUCCCUUCUUCCCACAUGCCUCCCCAGUGGCCUUGGCCUGGACACCAACCCCUCCGUCACCUUCCCUGGGGCUGGGCAUGAGCUGCUUCCCUGGGAGGAGGUGAGGGGACAGGGAGCGAUCUCAGACACUUUCCCACCCUAAAGUGCUCAGACACCAGCAUGGAACCCACAUGGACAGAAGAAUCUAGAGGCCGGGCAGAGCGCUAUGCCUUGAACAUGGGCACCACCAUGCCUCCCCACCCGGGGUACCUGCCUGCCUCACCAGUUUGGUCGAGUCCCUUUCAGGCCCCUUGGAGCCCACACGUCUUUCCCCUUUUUCCCCCGCUGAGAGCAGGAAGCAACAUGGCACCUUGUCUGGGACUCUGGAAUCCUGGGUGCCAACGUGUGUGCCAAAGCCCACCCUCACCUGAGGGGCGGGUGUCCCCAGAGCAACAGAGGGAGUUGUAGCCCCACCCCCUCUUCUCAUCAUCCCCCACUUGUUCCCAUUCCCCACUCCUCGCCAGAGGCCCCGUAUGCUGCUGGAUGCCCAGUUGAGUCCAGUGGUGGCCUGGUCCCGCCAGCUGCACUCCUGCCAGCUCAGCCGGGCCCGCCCGUCUCCCCAGUCCGAAUGGGAUUGCCUUAAAUUGGCAGGUGGUAGAGCACGCACUGCCCUUGGAGCUCUGACCCAAGCUGCUACCUCUCCACCCUUUCCCGAGAGUGGUUCCUGCUUAUCAUUCCUGAGCGCUGGUAAGCCAGCCCUGGGCCAGGGUCCCAAGGACGGUACCCAGAUAUGCAGAGUCACCCUCACGCUGCUGCCAGCUCCCUGGGGCUGGCACAGCCUCCCUCGUCCCCUCCUUCCCGGCCCCCGUGGCUCUGUCCUUGCUCCACCCUAUCUGGGCACCAGCCUCCCCAUGCCCCUGGCCUCCCCAGAGGGCGGUCACCAGAGAAAGGAUCAGCACCGCAGUCUGAGGUACAGGAAGGUGGGACAGGACGGGAUAGACUUUGAUCCCGAGCCCUGAGCCCCAGGCCCCAGGGGACUGGGAGUGUUAGGGCCUGCGAGAAGGCCCCGCCCCCCACCCCUAUGGAGCACACCUGUCCUAUUCCCAAAGUCUCCUCAACACUCGGCUGAAUCUUGGAUGGCGAGGCCAGGUCCCCUGCGCACCCCCCUCAGGCUGAGGAGCAGCCCUGGAGGGUCUUGGCUUCCCCACAAGUCCCUCCCCUCCUCCCCCACCGUACUGUGAAAGUCCCGUGACUCAGCGCAAAGACAGAUAAUAUAUUUAAUUCAUGUUGUACAGAAAGGAGUGAGCAGUCUCAUGCUGAAAAGCUGGUUUUGACAGAUUGAUGCCAAAGAUGGAGGACAGAAGGCCCCCUGCGGGCCUUCUGAGUGCAAGUGGGGCUUGCUUGUAUGUGUACGUAAAGUGGAGAGAGAGUUUGGUUUGUAUGUGUCCCUGAACCCACCCUGGGCUAUGGGCAUGGUGCCCUGCACCCUCCCUGCUGUAUUCCAGAUGCUGCUGCAUUCAGAGCUGGAAGUCAGCUCUGGGUGACCUGGGGUGGGAGCAGAAGAGGCCUGGGACUCUGUGCUCGGGGUCCCAGCCGUGGCCCAAGUUGGUGCCUGAGGGGUGGGGCCAGCCAGGAGUCCUGGGGAAGGGUCUGGGGUUCUGGCUACUGUCGCUGACCCUUGUGCUCCCCCAACCAAGUGGCUCUCUGACUUAUUGGGGGGGGCAAGGAGGAAAGUUCAAGAGAGGGUUGACAUGGGGGAUGGUCAAGGCCAGGGCAGCAGAACUAGGAUACAAACCUCCCUAUAAUUCUGGCCCAGCAGUAAUUGCACAGACCCGACUCCCCUUCCCGCUGCCCGGAUGGCCUCUUACCUUGGGUCUGUCCAUUCCUCCUUUCACACACAUCUCCCAGAGCUCUCAGCAUCCUGCUGCAUUUUCCAUUUCAGUGUCCAGGUUUGUUCUCCCCAAGACCACCCUGAGGAUGUCAGGCCCCAAACCUCCUGGCCUUACCUGACCAGUGGCCUUAUGUCUGGCCAUAAGAACUUUCCAGUUUGCUGGCACAGUUGAGGAGGCUCAUGCUGAGAGGUUGGGUGAUGUCCCCCAAGAUCAUGGAAGUAAAGAGUGAUUCUCAGCAUGGAUUCUGCCAGCCUAGACCUCCUCACCUCUUAAAGGCAGCCAGUCGCUAAACUGGAGGACAGUAAGGGCAGGGGCCAGGAGACACAUUGGUGGGCAUCUGAGUCCGGCCUUUUAGUUGAAUGUGGGAGGAAGCUAGCGAAGACCUAAGGUUUGCUAAGCUCCCUACUGUGUGCCAGGCACUAUGCCUCUCAUUGAAUCCUCACAACAAGCCCCUUUCUCCCCACUUUGCAGGUGAGGACAGUAAGUUUCUCAGGGGUUAGAGGACUUGCCUUGGGUCAUGUAGCAAAUUAGAAUCCCAGGUCUGUCUGCCACUCCAGCCCGUGGUCUUCAAAGAGGAGAAGGAGUGAGGAGGGGAGGUGUAGACCAGGCAGAGCCCCAGGAGCCAGAGAAACAAACACACAGCAGGGAAGGCCCCAGAGCAGACACUGCUUUGCUGGCGUGCCGCUUGACACCAGAGGCCACCGUUGUAUCAUAGAGAGCAGUACCCACCAGUUUACAGAGGCUUCUGCCCCUUUAAGAGCCCACUCCCCCAGGGAGGCUCACUUGGGUGGGGGGACUUUGGAGGUCUCUGUGGAGACAUUAAGGCACUCUGAGCUUCUGCCCUAGAAAGCUUGGGGAUGUUCAGCUGGACAGGCUCCUACCAGCCCUUGUAUGUAGUUAGUGCUCAAAGAAAAAUGAUGUUUCUGGAGAAGGAAGCUGGAGGGGUGGAGUAACCGGUUAUGAGCUGCUGGGGCAGAAGGGCUUCGAGGGUUGCCGUCGGGCUCUCCGGUGGCCAGACUGCCGCCACACAGGGCACGUGUCCUGGAGCCCUCUGUUUCCUGGGUACCCCCAGCUUCAUUCCCACAUUCCUUAUGGCUGGCUCUCACAAACAGCGGCCUGCCCCAUACGCUGGAGUCCCGGGCCAAACCUGCCAGCCAGUCAUUUCCCCCUCUGACCUCACUUUUGCCAUGGGCUCCUGGGAUGGGUCAGGAGUGCCUGGGGCCCCCGACUGGGCCCACUCGGCGGGGUCGUUUGUGCUUUGCAGCAGCCCUGCAGCUGCUGGACAAAAGGUCCUAUUUGAGGGUGACAGCAGCUCUCAUGCUGGGCUCUGCCCCAGUCCUCUCCCACCCUGGUGGGACCUGGGGCUGGCUCUCCCCUGCCCCACCCUUCCUGUGGGCUCUCAGUCACCCUGUCCCUCUGAUCUGGGCCCAGUGGUCAGGGCUGAUGCCCCACAGGCCACUGCUCUCUUUGCCCUGCUAGGCUACGUGGGCCAGCCCGGUGUGGGACACUUGCCAGACCACCUUUCCUUCCUCCUCAAAGCAGCUCAGCUCCUUUUGGACCACCUUUCCACCUUCAUCUUUGCUUAGACCCCUGCUUCCAGUCUUGACACUCCACAGCACCCCUUGAGCCCCUGUCUCCAGAGCAAAUCAUCAGCCCCGUGAAUUGGUCACAGCCUGGCCCUGUGCUGGGUGCCAGGACACCGAGGUGCAAGACUCUCCACCCUUGCUUUCCGGCAGUGGGAGCUCAGACCUCCUGGCGUUGACGGCCUUUCUCUCAGCAGAUUUUUAUCAAGCACCCACUGUGUGCCAGGCACUGUGCUGGGCACUGAGGAUGAGGCAAGACCUCCAUGUCCCUGCUCUCACAGAGCUUGCAUUCUAGUGAAGGAGGCAGCAUCACGCAAAUAAAUGUGACACGUCAGGGGUCAAAUGUGAUGACACAGAAGCAAGCAGAGUCAGGGGAGAUGUGAGGGCACAGGGUGGGGGCCUGGCACACGGUAUGGUCAGGGGCCUCACUGAUAAGAUUGGGGAGCAGUGACUUGUAAGGGGGGAGCCAUGUGGACCCCCAAGGACAGAGUAUUCCAGCAGAGGUCCUGAAAGGAGGGUGUUUGAGGAUGAACAAGGAGGCAGCCAGGUUGGAGCACAGCACCUG